AUGUGUGCGAUGAAGGUCGACCAUUAUGGUCCCAAGUUGGUCUCCAAGGCUGACAAGAUCACCAACCACAUCAGCUUGACAGACAGCUCCAAGCCCGCCGGUGGAUAUGAUUCGACUCCCAUCCCUCAUGCGCCGCCGGGGUAUACUGUCAAGUUCACCUUCCAUCGCGCGGUGGAUCUGCCUUUUGCAGAUAUCAACAAUUUAUCAUCUGAUCCCUUCGUCUCCGCGCGCCUCGAGGUGGACUUGCCCCGUCGCCAUAAGCAGGAUCCGGACAUGACCUUUCGAACACCGACAGUUCACAAGAACAAGAACCCGGUCUGGAAUGCCGAAUGGAUCGUCGCCAAUGUGCCCGCCUCGGGAUUCAAACUCAAGGCAUUUGUCUUGGACGAAGACCCCGCGGAUCACGAUGACAAGCUCGGUCUGGCGACCAUCGAAACGCAUUCGCUCUCCGAGUCGUGGUCGCCGCUUCGAGAGCAGGCGGUCAAGGUGAAGCAUCGCUUUGCCAGCAAGCGCGUCUACGCUCUCACCAACAUUCAAAAACUCACAGGCCAUCAUAGGGACUCAUUGCUCUACGUGAGCGUGGAAUGUCUGGGGAGGACGCCGGGCGAGGAAGGCGGCCAAAUCUAUACGGUGGGGCCGAACAUGUGGUUCAAGCACUUUUCGCCCCUGAUCGGUCGGUUGGCCGGCGUCAAGGAUCAGGUGCAAAAGCAGGAUGCGAAUGGCAAAGACAUCAGUCGAUACAAUUUCCAGGCGAUUGAGAUGCAGUUGGCGGGGCCCGUCCCCUCCCAAAUGUAUCAUCGCUAUGUGGAAUUCAAGCCGUUCGUCGCGGGCAUGUUCCAGGCCCAGAGCCUGCGCGGCCGCAUCCUGCACAAGGCGCUCCAUCACCAGCACCAACGCAUCUACAACUACGACCGCACCACCCAGUCGGGGGUGUUCCCCAAACCGUGUCGAGAGUUGGCCCAGAAAUUCUUGGAGUUUGUCCAGUAUGGCCAGGGGGGACGUAUCUUCACCUACGUGCUCAUGUUAGACGGCAAGUUCCGCUUCACCGAGACGGGCAAGGAAUUCGGGAUUGAUCUCCUGAGCAAGCAUACGAUGCACAGCGACGUGACCAGCUACAUCGCCUUCUCCGGCGAAUUCUUCGUGCGCGCGCGUCGACCCCACCGACACACACACCGACACCGUUCGCAAUCCUCCACCACCUCACGGCCCCCGACGGCCGCACAGGCGAACGACUUUCCCGUGGAGGAAGACGCCGGCAGGAGCGCACGCGGAAAAGAUUCCCAAGAGUCCCAGGAAGUGUCCACUGAACCCUCCGACUACGAUCUCUACAUCGACAACGACAGUGGCACCUAUCGUCCCAAUGCCGAACUCCUGCCUCUCUUAAAGGACUUUAUGGCCUCGAAUCUCCCCGGCCUCCACAUCACCACUCUGGACUGCAACAGCGAGGCCGAAAAGAUGAAAAAACUCAAGGAAGAGCAGCAGGAUGCCAAGAGCAAAGAAGGACGGAUGAUCACGUACUUGCAGCAAAGCAGCAGCUCCUCCUCCCUCUCGUCCAUCUCCAGCUCCGAGGAAGAGGCCCUGAACGAGCGAAGUGGCACCGGGAAGCCGCGUGGUGGAUUUUCGCGACGCGUGCAUGAGAUGCGCGAUGUCAAGGGCCAGAUGAUGCGGUGGGUGGAACAUGACGGCCAUCCUGAUCGCCCCCCCAAUCGCCAUCUUGCUGGACGGGAUCGCGCUGCUUCUCUGGGGGAUGCUGUCUCGUCGGGUCCGGCCUCGUCAGCGGUGAAUACGGCGGCGUAA